UUCAACAGCGGAAACCAGCGAGUAAGUGUGAAUUGAGCAGCAAUUGAAACUGAUGGUGGCAGGAAAGGGGAGUUUGGGGGUGAAAUAGGAGGCGUGCGGGUGAAAAAGCCUCGAAGUUUCUCUGUGUUCAGCCAGCAGUGUAACGCUGGACUUCUCUGUGAUCUGCGGGCACUCCUAAUGCAGCAGUUGUUGGAUUAGAGCACCAUGUUGGAGCCUUCAGAGCCCGGCCUGGAAAUCGUGGAGUGGCUCUCCACCCUCCGCCUGUCCCAGUAUGCUGCCUUUUUCCAGCAGGGAGGCUAUGAAGCUUUGGAGGACUGCAAGGACCUCACAGAAGAGCGCCUCAUGGAGCUCGACGUGCUGCCGACGGGCCACCGAAGACGCAUCCUUCGGAGUUUGCAGGCGCUGGGCGUGAGGCAGCAGAGUGGAGAGGAGGAUGAAGACGAAGGGGGAGGGCCCGAUGACAAGAGGGGUCAAAGGAAGCCGAUGCCGUAUCCAAGAAAUGUCUUCAUGAAGGACAGAAAAAGAGGGACGUCCUGCCUGCAAAAGCCGUCUGCAAAGGAAAAGACGGACUACGAUUUGGGAGGGAGUCGGACUUUGCCAGUGGGAGCAGGAAUGGGAGCAGAUCCCGGGGACCUUUCAGACAGACGUCACCCCCUCCUGCCUCUGCCGGCCCCGCGGGACCCCAGAAACAUCCAGAAAUCGGCGUCGGGACGCACCUGCUCUCCUAUCCCCACGGACUCCAGCAGCGAGUCCCUCUCCGGCUCGGAAAUGCCCUCAGAUUGGGAGGUUUCUUCAGAGGUGCCCACCUACUCCAAAGUCGGCUCCGAGGCCCUCCUCCCUGCUCUCAUCGAGGACCGCGAGGGCUUCAGUGGCGAAAUGGUGGACAAUUUAAUCUACGAUUCACAGCCCACUGUUCCAGCUCCCACAGGCCCACGACUCACUCGCUCCUACAGAUUAAGGCACCGACCCGUUCCCGAAAUCCCGAACCGGGAAGUUUUGCCUCCUCAGGACAGGAGUGUGCCGGCAAUGCAGCCAGUCAGCCACGAACACCUACCCGACUCAGACGGUCCCACCGGUGCAAACGGCGUUCAGAAAGCUCCGCUUCAAAGAGCCUUGAUGCCUAGUGCUUCCUACGGGGAUACAAGCCUGCACAACAACCCUGAAACUACUCCGGACCAAGGUGCUAAACAAGGGCUGCCGAAGGGGUUCAAAGCCAAGAUGAUACAGAGGAAACCGAGAAAAAAGUCGCCGGAAAAGGUGUGCCCGCCGGCCCCGACCGUCCCAGAUCCCUACGAGGACGAGUACUCCACAGUGGACGAGUGCGCCGGUAUCCCCGGCCCCGAAGACGGCUCCAUGGUCAUGGUGGACUGCGACCUGUACUCUGAGCCUGCCGACGCUCUGGGAGCCGUCACCAAAAACGCGAUGCCCGACAUUUCUCCCUACGCGUGCUUCUACGGAGCGCCCAAACCCCAAGUUCUCAAAGUGGGCUGGCUGGACAAGCUGUCACCCCAAGGAAACUGCGUCUUUCAAAAGAGGUGGGUGAGAUUCGAUGGAGAAAGUCUGGCAUACUACAACAACGACAAGGAGAUGUACUCCAAAGGAAUGAUCCUGGCCAGCGCCGUCAGAAAGGUGCGAGGACUGGGCGACAACAAGUUUGAGGUCGUCACCGCCCUGCGGACCUUCAUCUUCCGGGCUGAAAGAGAAGGGGAGCGCCAGGAGUGGAUGGAAGCUCUACAGACGGCCACGCGCCCCCCCGCCUGCGGCUCCCAGAAGCGCGCCGACAGCCUCUCCCGCGUCUCCCCCACAAACAAGCGGGGCACGCUGGAGCUCCGGGGCUACAAAGGCAGAGUGCUGGUGUCCCUCGUGGGGAGUAAAGUCAGGCUCUGCAAAACAGAACAGGACUCUAAAGCCGGGCUGGCCAUUUGUGACGUGGAACUGACCGCAGCCAACAUCAGAGAGGUGGACCGCAGAGCCUUCGAGGUCAACACACCCUUCAGAAACUUCUGCUUCACGGCGGAGUCGGAACAGGAGAAAGAGGAGUGGAUUGAAGCGGUCCAAGAAUCGAUCGCCGAGACGCUGUACGACUACGAGGUGGCGGAGAAGAUCUGGUUCAACGAGGGCAACCAGAGCUGCGCCGACUGCCACGCCCCCCAGCCGGAGUGGGCGUCGGUCAACCUGGGCGUGGUCGUCUGUAAGAAAUGUGCAGGCCAGCACCGCUCCCUCGGUCCGAGCCUUUCGAAGGUCCGCAGCUUGAAGCUGGACAUGAGUAUCUGGAGUAAUGAACUUGUGGAGCUCUUCCUGGAGGUGGGGAACAAGAGAGCGAACAGUUUCUGGGCCGCCAACCUUCCCUUGGAGGAAGAGCUCCACAGCGGGGCCUCGGCCGAGCAGCGCGCCACCUUCAUCCGCAGGAAGUACCGCGAGAGGAAAUACAGGAGGGUCCUCCAGGGUUUUCAGGACCUGGAGCAGCUCAAUAAGGCGCUGUGUGCAGCGGUGGUGUCGCCCGACGUGCUGCAGACCAUGAUGCUGGUGUUCAGCGGGGCGGACGUCAUGUGCGCCACCGGGGAUCCCAAACACUCCACCCCUUACCUUUUGGCUCAGCGUGCGGGCCAGAAGCUGCAGAUGGAGUUCCUGCACCAGAAUAAAUUCACCGAUUUUCCUCGGCUGGAGCAGUGGUCGGACAGCAUCUCCCCGUCCGACGCCUCCCCCUUCAUGGACGGCUUCCUCUACAUCUCCUCUGGGCCCGCCAAGGCCACACUGGAUCGGCGUGGAAGAGACGACAUGGCGCGGCGUUGGUGUACGUUGGAGGGCGGCUUCCUGAGUUACUACGAGACUGACCGAAGCCCCUCGGCUUUGGGAAGAGUGGACAUCUCCCAGGUGGUGGCCCUGGCUGUGAGCAACUCGGAGUCGAUGACCGGAGCGGGGGCCGUGUUCACCGUGGAGCUGCACCUGCAGACCGAGCGGGCGCUGACGGUGGGAGCCGAGACGCAGGAAACGCAGCACGACUGGAUCCAGGCCCUCACGAAGUGCUUCGUCCCGUCCAAAGUGGAGGGGCUGGUGCGCAAAGACGCCGAGCUGAUGGGCAGACUCCACUACAAGGAAGGCCACGACCUGUACCACUGGAGGACGGGGUGGUUCUCGCUCCACGGAAGCGCCCUGCGCUUCAGCUCGGGCGAGGCGGAGGGAGAGGAGGAAGUCCUUCAACUCAAACAGCUGCAGGAGCUCACUGUCUCCACACACACCGAGGGCGAGGACAAGAUCCAGGUCCUUCUGAUGGUGGAGGGCGGAAGGACGGUCUACAUCCACGGCUUCAACAGGACGGACUUUGACCUGUGGCACUCGGCCAUCGCGCUGGCUGCAGGCACCGACGGCAAAGCACUCAGUGACCAACAGCUGACCAAAAACGGCGUCCCCAUUAUUGUGGACAGCUGCAUUGCUUUUGUCACCCAGUAUGGUUUGUGCCAGGCGGGGGUCUACCAGAGGCCCGGCGACCCCGCGCGGGUGUCCCAGCUCCUGGAGGACUUCACCCGCGACGCCCGAAACGUGAAGCUGCGGAAGAAGGAGCACCAGCUGGACGACGUGACGGACACCCUGAAGACGUUCUUAUCUGAGGCCGAGGACGCGCUGCUGACCAAAGAGCUCUAUCCAUACUGGGUGUCGGCUCUGGAUGAAAAGGAGAAGAGCCAGAGAGUGAAGAAGUACUCCACUUACAUAGAGAGUUUGCCAAAGAUCAACAGGUCAACCCUCGAAGCUCUGCUACAACAUCUGUACAGGAUUCAGAAGUGCGCGCACCUCAACGGCAUGCCCAGCGAAAAACUGGCCUCGGUCUUUUCCUCCUGCUUGUUCCAGACGCGGGGACAGACCUCGCAGGAAAUCAGCGUGGUCCAUGACCUCAUCACCAGCUACGUGACCCUCUUCAGCGUCAAUGAAGAGCAGGUGCAGCAGAUGGAGAGAGAAAAUGGCUUCAUUACACGCUGGAACGACAAGAAGGACACCUCGUUCUGCCCCGCUGGAGAUUUGAUCUUCGAGGUGUACCUGGAAAAGAAAGAGCCUGAGCACUGCUGUUUAAUAAAGGUCUCUCCCAGUAUGCGGCCCUCUGAGCUUGCAGAAACCGCGCUGAGUAUGAGGAACGCCACGUUCAAAGCGGAUGACCUGUGGACCACCUUUGAAGUCAUCGAAAACGGCGAGCUAGAGCGACCAUUGCAUCACAGUGAGAAGAUACUCGAACAGGUGCUGGAGUGGAGUAGCUUGGACUGCCCGAGUUCUGCUUUUCUUGUCAUAAAGAAGUUUGCAGGGGCCAAAAGAUUGGCUGAGAGUAAAGCGGAGCCGAAGCAGUUCGUAAAAAGCGACUACUUGAAGUUCAGCGACGGAUCCUCCAAACUCCUGUCGGGACACAAAUUUCAGGAGAAGUACGUGGUGCUCCGCGCAGAGAAGCUGCUCCUCUACAGGGACAUCAAAAGCGCUAAAGCAGAGAAAGCUAUCCAGCUGAAGUGUGUGAAGUGUUACCUGGGCCUGAAGAAGAAGCUCAAGCCUCCGACCAACUGGGGUUUCACAGUGUGCACAGAUAAACAGCAGUGGUACUUCUGCUGCGACAAGAGGGAGGUGCAGGUCAGCUGGGUGGCAGACAUCACCGCCGUGAAGUUCGGGUCUGACCUCCAGUCCAAGACCACCGGCUCCAAACACAAAGCGGAUCAGAAGUCCUCCAGAGGGGCCACCGUCCCAAAAGGCAGCAAGGUUCCAUCAUUCAAGGAUAAUUCCCGCAAACAGCCGACAGACAGGGGCGUUCCUCUGGAAGAUGGAAGUCGGUCUCCCGCCUGGGUCAAAGGUCACAACCUCAAAACCAAAACGCUAGCCGCCUGCCCGAAGCCCGGCGACCAGCUCAAGGCCCCAGAGCUGCAGCACAGGAGAGCCUCCGCGGACGUCCGCCGGCCGCCCCGGUCCACGUCCCCGCUGGUGUCCAGAGGCGGUUUGGGCCCGGCCACGCCCGCCCCGCCUCCGGGCGGCUGCACGGCGGCCACCAAAAAGCCGGCCAUCGGCGGGGAGGGCCUGAUGCCGCACAAUCUGCUCAGCGAACUGAACUCCGUGCUGAACAAGACCGGCCGCAAGAGCAGCGACUGA